AUGGCCUCCAUAGAUGCUGCCAAAGACUAUGGCCUGGACCAUAUGCCUUCGCCGCUUCCACGGAGCGAGACUGAUGUGUCUCAUAAUUAUUCAUUGCUAGAUUACUAUGGCAUGGACGGUUUCGAUGUUCACGACCAGGGCAGCGAGACGUCGUACGUGAAGGUGUCGAAAGACGUUCCGUUGUCGAAAAACGAAGGCGACGGUGCUAUUUUCCCUCCUCCCGUGGAGGUCACUGGCUCUGAGGAACCGCCUGCUCUACAACCUCCCACAGACUCCAAGCAAGCCAGCCUGGCGCUUUUAUCGUAUAAACCUGUGGUGCUGGAGAUAGACAAGAAGAGCAUUUUGCAUAGCGACUACGACAUGUACGGUUUCAAGAAGGACCUGUCGUUCUUUGACUCGUCCAAGAAGCAAUAUAACGAGUGGUUUGGCGAGUAUGCCGAUCAGCUCGUUCAGCAGAAGAAGAAGUGGAAGGUUCUACUUAAGAAUAACGGGUUGGGCUACUCCACGGGCCUUCCUAGCCGUUUUCCUCCUAAAAGUGAUAAAGCAAAGAAACUAGUGAGGAAAGGUAUCCCUCCGGAAUGGAGAGGUGAGGCUUGGUUCUUUUAUGCUGGUGGCCUCGAACGUCUUCAUAAGAAUGUAGGCGUUUACGAGAAAAUUGUUGCCGAUACGGAUGGAGUCACUAAUAAAGAUACAGAGGUGAUUGAGAGAGACCUCAAUCGAACCUUCCCAGAUAACAUCCACUUUAAUUCGCUGAUCUUGCUGGACGAAAAGAUAGAAACGGAGAAGAUCAAAUCGCUUAGAAGGGUUUUAGUUGCAUUCGCUCAUUACCAGCCACAAAUCGGCUACUGUCAAUCCUUAAACUUUCUUGCUGGGCUUUUGCUUUUGUUCAUGAACGAGGAGCGCUCCUUUUGGAUGCUUGUCAUUAUGACAGAACGGAUCCUUCCCAAAGUGCAUUCUGCCAACCUUGAAGGUGUUCAUACCGAUCAGGGCGUGUUGAUGCUCUGCGUCAAGGAAUAUAUACCCAGACUAUGGCAGAUCAUCGGCAAAAACUUUGAAGGAGCGGUUCUUUCAGAUGAUAAGAUCCUCACUCGUUUACCGCCCGUCACUUUGGUUACCCUGUCAUGGUUCAUGUCGGUGUUUAUCGGCGUGUUGCCUAUUGAAUCUGUGCUUAGAAUAUGGGAUAUUCUCUGGUACGAGGGUUCCAAAACCAUCUUUCGGAUAUCCCUCACUAUCUUCCGUCUUUGCUUGGAUCAUCCACAAUUCCUGAACGAAGAAAAGAAGCAAUCUGAUUCUUCAGAGCUGGAACAAAUAGAGCUCUUCCAGUUCAUGCAAAGUUUCCCCAAGUCCAUCACCGAUCCGAACCUACUUGUUGAUAAAUGUUUCAAGAAAAUUGGAGGCUACGGUUUUGGCUUCCUUUCGCAAGACGAAAUCAACAAGUGCCGUGAGUUCGUAGCUCAGCAAAGAAGCAAGCUCCGUAAUAAGGCGUUGGUAACCGCCGAAAUGAGCGAUAUGGAGAGGGAAGCAUUAAAGAUCCCGGAAACGCCCGAAAUCCACGACGUCUACGGGUUCCACAAAUCUGUCAUGAACGGAGUAGCAUGGAAUAAGCAUCUCAGCAGCAAAAUGAAGAGCAAAUUCCGGAAACACAAGCCAUAG